AUGGAUCCGGAGACUGUGCCAACACAGAAACAGCUGCAACAGCAGAUGCAGCAGGAGGAAAAAUGCAAGGCUAUUGAGGAGCAGCGGCGGAUGGCGAUGCGUUCAUUGUUAUCAUCAGAGGCUCAUCAGAGACUGAGCCGAAUCUCUAUGGUGAAGCCCCAGAACGCCGCCGCAGCAGAAAACUUCAUUUUGCAGGCUGCUCGUUCGGGCGCUCUCCAACCUCCGGUGUCUGAAAGCACGUUAAUAGAAAUCCUUGAAAGGAUAUCUGGGGCCGAAAAUAAAGCGUCAAACGCAAACCCGAAAGUCGUCAUCAGGCGCCGGAGAUUCGAUGAUGACGAUUCAGAUGAAGACAUUUAA